CUACACUGAGUGAAUAGUAACAUAUAUAAAAUACAUGUAAAACACACCAUGAUAUUACCAGACAGCAUGCAAUACGAAUUCUCUGGUCAUCCCCUGUACUGUGUCCGCAGUCUCUGGUCAUCUCCUGUACUGUGUCCGCAGUCUCUGUUCAUCUCCUGUACUGUGUCCGCAGUCUCUGGUCAUCUUCUGUAGUGUGUCUGUAGUCUCUGGUCAUCUCCUGUACUAUGUAUGUAGUCUCUGGUCAUCUCCUGUACUAUGUACGCAGUCUCUGGUCAUCUCUUGUAGUAUGUCUGCAGUCCAUUGGUUUAGAAUAUUUUUUUUCUUGUUUUCCUCCUCUAAAAUCUAG